AUGAAGUUUCUCGCCAAUCCUGCUGAUAGCAUACCGAUGAAGCAUAAACAACAGUCCAAGGUAGCUCCCUGUGUUCACGGGGCCGAGUCAGCUUUGAGAUACACUGUUUGGGAUGAUUCAAUGAGUAUCCAGUCGAGGCAGUUUGACGGAAUAAGGGGAUUGAUACUUACGAACCAUGAAGCCAAGGCCUUGAUGGAGCACUUGAAGCUUGUCAUACGAAACACCUAUCCGACUCGUCAUCG